AUGAUUCUCGAUGAUGGCAAAGAACGUUGUAGCGACAUUGAAAGAAAAUAUCGAAGAAACAAUCGAAUUGCUUUGUUAUUACUUUUAUAUUCCUUAUCAACUACAGCUAUCUCGUACAUAGUAUGGAACAUGAUGAAGAUCAAUGAUUUUGUGAUGACUAUUGAAAUGAAGGUUCCUUGGACAAGGCCCAACUCUCAUCCAUCGCAUGAGAUUAACUUGGCUGCAUUAACAUUAAUCACAUUUACAUCUGUUCUCUCCACUAUAGGUUGUGACUCAUUUUUGGUAAUUAUGACAACCUACGGCCUUUCAAAGAUGGCGAUUUGUAGCGAUCUUGCAUCAAAGAUUGGGAGAAAUACUGAUGACAAGUUCAUUGAAGACUUGAUCAAGAAGCAUUUACAUGCUCUCGAUGUGAUUGAAACUGCCGGAAAUGUACUCCAACCUAUCAACUUCUGUAUAAUAAUAUCAGAUUUCAUGUUAAUAGUUUUGACAACAUUUCAAUAUAGAAGCGGAAAAGGAGAACCGAUUGCUGUAGUUGCCGCAAUGUGUAUGACUUUUCUACUUUUCCAGUUUUGUUUCAUGGGAACUGCAGUUUCAUCAUCGUGUGAAGAUUUCGAACGAUCAAUUUAUUGUUCAAAAUGGUAUGAGUUGGAAAACGUUUCAUUGAAAAAGAACAUUUUAUUGCUGCUCAACGUCGCUCAACGUAAGAGAGAAUAUUCUGCUUUAGGAAUCAAACCCAUCAACUUGAACACGUUUGCUGAUGUCAUAAACAAAGCUUACGAUUCUGUGAUGUUUCGACAUGAUCUAGCUAAAUAUCGUACACUUGCAAGGACACAGUUUAUUUGA